AUGGUGCCUCAGAUGUUGUUCGGUUGUUCUCAGGUUAAUUGUGUCAAAGAAGAAGCAUCAAGAUACUGUGGAAAAGAAAAGAAUUUUAUGAAAGCAUAUUUAUUCAGGUUUUUUAAAGGUAUUGGUCAGCUGACAGAGACUGGAGUUGUCAACCCUGAGCAAUUUAUGAAAUCUUUUGAGCAUAUGAAGCAAUCUGGGGACUAUUAUGUCACAGUUGUGGAAGAUGUGACCCUAGGACAGAUUGUUGCUACAGCAACUCUGAUAAUAGAACAUAAGUUCAUCCAUUCCUGUGCUAAGAGAGGAAGAGUGGAAGACGUUGUUGUUAGUGAUGAAUGCAGAGGAAAGCAGCUUGGCAAAUUAUUAUUAUCGACUCUUACUUUGCUAAGCAAGAAACUGAACUGUUACAAGAUUACUCUUGAAUGUCUACCACAAAAUGUUGGUUUCUAUAAAAAGUUUGGAUAUACAGUGUCUGAAGAAAACUACAUGUGUCGGAGGUUCCUUAAGUAAAAAUCUCUUAAGAAAGAAUUGU